AUGGCAGCACCACCUCAGGGAAUGCCUGAUUUAUCAAAUGCAAUCGUUGCCCAAGACGAGAUGGGCAGACCAUUUAUCAUAGUCAGAGAUCAAGGAAAGAAACAGAGAAAACAUGGAAUUGAAGCCACCAAGUCACAUAUUUUAGCUGCUAGGUCAGUCGCAAAAAUUGUCAAAAGUUCCUUGGGACCACGUGGCCUUGAUAAAAUCUUGAUCAGCCAGGAUGGAGACAUUACCAUAACCAACGAUGGAGCAACUAUUCUUUCGCAAAUGGAUUUGGACAAUCAGAUUGCAAAGCUUUUGGUUGAAUUGUCAAGAUCACAAGAUGACGAGAUUGGUGACGGUACUACAGGUGUUGUUGUAUUGGCUAGUGCAUUGUUGGAUCAAGCUUUAGAGUUGAUCGAAAAGGGAAUCCAUCCAAUCAAGAUUGCCAAUGGAUUUGAUGAGGCAUGUAAAAUCGCAGUGGAACAAUUAAAUCAAGUUGCUGAUGAAGUUACGAUUGACAAUAAAUCAAACCUUUUAAAGGCAGCAAAAACUUCCCUUGGUUCAAAAAUUGUUUCUAAAGCGCAUGAUCAUUUUGCACACAUGGCAGUCGAUGCGGUCCUUGCUGUUGCCGAUAUAGAUAGAAGAGAUGUUGACUUUGAGCUAAUCAAGGUGGAGAAGAAAGUUGGCGGGUCUGUGGAGGAUUCCAAAUUGAUUAAAGGUGUUUUAUUAGAUAAGGACUUUAGUCAUCCACAAAUGCCUAAAGAAGUAAGAAAUUGUAAGAUAGCUAUCUUGACUUGUCCAUUUGAACCUCCAAAGCCAAAGACAAAACACAAAUUAGAUAUCUCAACUGUGGAAGAGUUCGAAGUUUUACAGGAAUAUGAACAAAAGAAGUUCCAGGAGAUGAUUGAUCUGGUAAAAGCUUCUGGUGCAAACGUUGUUGCUUGUCAAUGGGGAUUUGAUGAUGAAGCAAAUCAUUUAUUGUUAGCAAAUGGGUUGAAUGCGAUUAGAUGGAUUGGGGGGUCUGAGUUGGAACUUUUAGCGAUCGCCACAAAUGGUCGUAUAGUUCCAAGAUUUGAAGAUUUGACCGCCGAUAAAUUGGGAAAAGCCGGUGUUAUCAAAGAGUUAGAAUUCGGUACAACCAAAGAUCAUAUGUUGGUGAUUGAAGAGUGCUCCAACACUAAGGCGGUUACAUGUUUUAUCAGAGGUUCCAACGAAAUGAUUAUAUCUGAAGGAGUCAGGGCAUUACACGACUCCUUAUGUGUUGUUCGUAAUUUGAUCAGAGAGAAUAGUGUUGUCUACGGUGGAGGUGCAGCUGAAAUCACAUGCUCAUUGGCAGUAUCGGAAGCUGCCGACAAACAAAAGGGAAUUGAUCAAUAUGCAUUCAGGGCAUUUGCAGCUGCGUUGGAUACCAUUCCCUUGACAUUGGCUGAAAAUUCAGGAUUAGACCCUAUCGAAACAUUGAGUUAUCUUAAGGCAAAACAGGUUAACGAAAAUAAUUCACGUUUGGGGGUUGACUGUCUAGGUAAUGGAACCAACGACAUGAAGGAAUUAUUUGUAAUUGAUCCAUUAAUUGGAAAGAAACAACAGUUGUUGUUAGCCACACAGUUGACGAGAAUGAUUUUGAAAAUCAACGAUGUGAUCAUUAGCGGAACAGAUGAGUAUUGA